AAACGGUUUAUCUUAGCGAGCUGUCAUUCAGUUGUCUAGCGAAACCUCUGGCGGCAUGUGCAUUUGGAUGGCCAGUGGUUUUGGAGGCUGCAAUUGAUUCGCAUAUGACGCGUCACCCUGCCGCUUUCUCGUGCCGGUAGUGCUGCCCACGCGGUGCGGCAGGCACGUGCACCAGUGCAGUAUUGUUUAUUACCUGGCAUUCAGCACAGAGUUGUCGAGGAGGUGGUGUUGCGUCUGCUAGAAGUCGUGGGAUGAGGCGCGUUGGAGGAACUAAUCAGAGGAUACAGCAACACCUCUCGUACCUAGCGGGAUUUGCAAACCCCUCCGGAAUACUACUAUGAUUCUAGCCAUAUCGGCUAAUAAGAAGAACAAGAAGCGACGACGAAGCACGAGAUAUAGGACAUAACAGGAGGACCGACGCCCACAUGUAGUUGCGCUCUGGGUCAUCUUUCUUUCUGGAAAGACAGAUGCAGAAUUGCUUAAACAGAAUAUAGAAGUACUAGGAACAGACGUUGGCGGCCAAAUUGCGCUCUUGUUCUGCUCUCCUGGAAUUAGAAGGAGGAACAUCCACACGAGGCUCAUAACGCAAGAUAGUAGUAGAGAAGCAGAUUCGGCAGAAUGAAUCAUUCUCCAGCACAAGUUUCACAAUGGCUGUCAUCCAUGUUGAACAUUAUUCCUGGGGACAUCCUGUCCCUACUCGCGCAGCGCGUGAAAACCACCCAAGUCUCUGUUAAGGGGACAAGUAAAUCACUAACAUCUCUUAAAUGGGUUAUCGUCUGAAAGGGUUUCCUAUGAUUCCUUUGAUGGUGCGUAUAAUGUAAGGGGAACAAGGAAAUCAGGAACCUACUACCUCUAAUUCGGGACACACCUUCAGCGGGAUGCUCAACAACCACGAGUUCUUCAACGAGAUGGGCAUAGAGGGCCUUACCAUGCUUCAUUGUACUGAAUUUUUAAGUCACAUGAUUCUAGGAUUAUUGCUAUUUUCAAUUUCAUCUCUACAGAGAGGGCUCGUGCUCCCCUGCUUUGACAUUUGAGAUACUUCAUAAGGACGAUAGGGUUAGCAGCAGUUGAACUUCCUCAUAUUAUCUCUGUAUGAAUAGCGCACAGGCCAUAAAAGCAGGUUCUCGAAUCAGGAAGGUUUGGCACCAGGAUUUCCCAGAUACCCGGCACAUCACAUUAGACCGCAGACCAAACCAUACCAGAAUUAAGGCUCAUGAUGAUUUGUUGUUUCAACAAACGCAGUAGAAUCAACUUCAAUUAUCAAAGACAACAUAAGGAGUACUUCUACUAAAAUACGUGGUCUACUUCUGUUCAGUUCAAUAUCACUUCGCUUCUACCAUAACACUAGAGAUAUCAGAAUAACUGGGGGAAAUCAUAGGUCCGACCCGAGUGGACUAACAUCAUCGUGGAGUCAAUGGACUUUCACAAGUUGCUUUUUUCGUUUUGCUUCUGAGGAUCCUCUGAAGGAUAGAGUCGUGAAUUUUUUAAACGCGAGGAAGUUAACCAUUGUAAGCUCUAACAGGAGAGACGCGAACCCGCAACCACAGCAUCAGCAGAUGCAACCAGGAGGUGCAGCUGGAAUGCGGCCACCCGCAGGAAGAAAUCCAAUGAGCAGGGUACUUCUAGAAGGGGGAGUUUGUACUUCUAGCAGAGGAGGUGGGUACUUCUACUAGAGUAAGAGGGUAAAAAGUACUUCUACUGGAGGGAGUCGUUAUUUCUAUAAUUGAAGGAGUAGAGGGUGUCUAGAACUUGAACUAGUUUUUUCUACUCCACAAAAAGAACCCACUAUGUAUGAUAUCAUCUCCAGAUGCAUCAUCCAGACGGUGAGGGGUCAGGCGACCCGCGAGCACACACGUAUACAGCAGAUACGAGCGAUAGAUAUCAGAGUCGGCGUUUCCAGUCAGCCGAUGGGCGCAUGCCAGGCGGAGGGCCUAGUGGCAUGAGUGGAAUGCAAAAUGUGCCGGGCGGGGGCGUGCCCAUGUCCGGGGGCGGACGGGACCCGAGUCAAGGCAUGAUGAUGACAAAUCCAGCGGCUGUAGGAGACCCGCAUUCAGUUGGAGGCGGCGGCCGAUACGUAGAUAGCGCGGCAGAUGCGCGACGGAUGCAGGAAUCAGACAGGGAGCAGGCAGCUGCUCGAGAAGAAAACAUGCGCCUCGCACACCAAAUACAAAAGAUGUACUUAUUCUGAAAUCAUACUUGCUCAUCGUUGCACAACUGUCAUUGCAGUCUUUCCCAGUCGUUGAUUCAUUGUAAGCACGACAAGUUGCGAUUGUAAGCACUAGAAAUACUGUUGUUGUCUUUCUUUUCAGGCAAGCGCAGCUUAGUGACCUAACCGAACGGUUGCAGGACAUGCAGAGGCAGCGGGACGAAGCUAUCAACAAGGUGUCAUUAGCUUUACUGUGGAGAAAAACUUUCUGAUUCUAGGUCUAGACGGAAAUUCUCAAUGAGUCAGUCAAUCAAUCACUCAGUGACCAGCCAAUCAAUUUCAUAUCAUCUUUUCUUUCAUUGUAAAACAUGCAAGCUCCUUCUUUGACUGAAAUCGUCAUGAAUUGUAAAGCUUCAGCUUGCGAAUUUGAUUAUCUCAUCAAUUACGACUACAGCAGCGAUCUCUAUUUGUUGUCAAUAAAUCAGCUUGAUAUGAAGGAGAGUUCGAUGCGUGCGCGGGAAGAGGAGCAUGCACGGUUUCUGGACUAUCCGCGGCAAGUUUUUGAGACCGUUUGUAAUCAUGCCGGACUUGACAAGGCAGCGAUGUAUCCGGCAGUCAGGUUAUGACUUCUUUGUAGUAGAACUACUUUGCAAUAUCAUCUACACGUAGCUUGUAUUUUCGUCAGAAGCUUUAGAACCAUUGUCCCUCCUUUAGCUUUAGGUGUGCAGAGGAAAGACCUGGGCAUUGCCGAGACGAGUUUCCACCAUUGAAUGAUUAGUAAGUACUAACUCUCACCAAGAAGACUUUAGAUUGAAGUCUCAAGUCUAAGAUAGGAGUAUCUCCAGCCUGUGACGAGAGGAUCAGCACGGCCUGGGUCACAGAAACGGCCCGCGGAUCCGAGGCAGAUAGACAUGCGAAGGCAACCUCCAGGAGCCCCAGAGGCAGCAUAUUCGGCACCAUCACAGCCGCAACUCGGAGGCAGAAUUGUCGGCGAUCCGUACUACGAUACUAGCUAAUACAAGCUAUGUGCUGGAGGUUCUAGAAGUGUCAGGAAUUGUUCUCCCUUAGAAGUGUCAUAAUAAUUCGAAACAUAUGUCCCUUCAUCCAGGGAGUCUCUGGAUGGUAUUUUGUAAAGCAUUGCGUAUCUCCCAACUCAUUCAGGUUUAAGUGUCACUAUAAAGUUCCCAAGUAACUUCCUCACACUAUUGCCUACUUGAUGAGACCUCCGGUGACUGAAAUCAGGGCUGAAAUAAGGGCUUACUCUUAGCUAGAUGCAAUUUUUUCGCUAGGCUUAAUAGAUAAUUUCUUGCUAGUCUCCUUUCGACUUACUUUACCUAUUCAUCAACCCAACACACAUAGCACCAAGGUAACCGUCAGACCAUUGGACCAGCUUCAGAGCGGAGGCUACAAUAGUCAAUACUCUUACAUCUUCUUCGAGGGGAACAGCUUAUAAUUACUAUUACUAACGUGAAGAAGAAUUAUCAACGUGGAGAAGAAUAAGUGGAGGGCAGAAGGAUAAGUGGAGAAGGAUGCGCAUACUAAGGGCCUACGCAUACUAACGACAUCGUUGCUGCCGGUAGUGCCCUGGGGGUCGGAGACGUGGGCGCUAACAGUAAGGACCAGGGCCGUGCUCGACGCGUGGCGGGGUAAGAAGCUAAGACCCUGCAGAGGAGCCACGAAAGCGGGCCGCAGUAGGGCGGUGGGCUUACUGGAGAAGGCCGAGCAGGGGCCGCCCAGCUCCAUGGCCGAGAAGAGGCGCCUCGGGUGCGUUGGGCACCUGGUGCGAUAUCCCCGGGAGAGGUGGGCGAGGGUAGCCCUAGCAGUGGAGGGCGACACAGCAGCAGCAGGAAGAAAGGAGCACCGCGAGCAACCUACCGACUCGGCUUCUGACCGCAGAACGAUAGGAGCACAACUGGCGAACGCCGUAGGCAGAGGCCUCGGGUCACAAGUAGCAAGCCAGCAGCCUACUCGGCCUAUAUCAGGAUCAACAGGAACAGGCGAAAGACCGCGAACAAUCCAGCAACAAGCUAGGCUAGCGGGUAGAAGUCGUCGGGGAAAUCUUAGGCAGGUCGCCGAGUAGAUUAAUGCCAUCAAGUGGAGAAGCAUAAUUACUAAGGAAGGCACUUGCUUCCUUCAGUUCACGUAGUGGGAACUUCCCAAGUGUCACUUAACGUAACGCGAAGUCUUCCUCAACACUUCACUAACGUGUAACUUCCCAAGUGUCACUUAACGUAUCUUCAUUACAACUGAGUCUCCUAACUCAUUUUUGGUUAGGCAAACAGCUUAGCGACCCGUCUUUCCUGCCCUUCUGACCUUCUCAGCUCGUCAGGGAUGUUGAGGGAGUUGGAAGGGAUCGCCAUUUGCCUAGCUAGGCAGUUGUUGUGGGAGUCGACCUUGCAGUCGGCUGCCAUUUUGUCGCUACGGUGGUUACGAAAGGCCAUAUCAGGGGCACUCACAUUCAUUACAACUCAGUCUUCCAACUCGUUCAUAGCAGAACCUUGUUCUGUCAACUUGAUGGUAGGGAUGUUUGAAGGAUCUGACUUGCAGUAUGAUGAAGGCGAUCUAGAGAUACACUUUUUUCAUUCCAAGGAAUGCAGAGUACGUUUGAAGAUCCAACCGAAAUUGUACAUUGAAUCUAUAGGUCCAUCGAUAGUCUUACUAAUAUCUCGUAUGGUGCGGUCGUGCAUUACAACUCAGUCUCCCAGUUCAUUCAGGUUUGACCCCAAGUCAUUCAGGUUUGACCCCAAGUCAUUCAGGUUUGACCCCAAGUCAUUCAGGUUUGACCCCAAGUCAUUCAGGUUUGACUAGAAGCACUUUUCGAUGCCUAGCUUGUCUAGAAGCACUUUCAGAUCUCGUCUCUACGGUCAUCAGGAAAGUUAGCAACAGGGACAUACGCAUGCACUCAGGUUUGACCCGAAAUCGGAAGCGGUACUUACUGGCGCACAGCAAAGACGACAGGCACCACCGCCGCCGCCACCGCAGCACCAGGAGGAGCCACCACAAGCGCGACCUGUGAAUCCCUUCGAUGAUGUCCCAGCAUCAGCCCAUAUGACAGAAAAGUGAUUGCUCAUAGUACUCAAAAAACUAGUAGGUUUUCUACCACUGAACUUAGCACUUAUGAUAUUCUGGAUCCUACUACCCAUCUCUCCAGUCUCUAGUUUUUUUGUGCCAGUUUUAUUCUGGUGCCUGCUCAGUUCUCUGAAAAUUUAUGAGUAGUCAUUCUGGUUGCCCUUUCAUCAUGGAUCACAGGAUUUUACAAGGGAACAAGCCACAGGAGUCACCUCCAGGAGAGAGGACGACGAGCAGUCGUGGUACUUUCGAAUAUGCUUGCAAAUAUCGCAGGUAGAUCUUUUUUUACGAGAACAUGUCGUUCCCUAGAGUUUAGGGGACGAAAAAGGUAGAGCUGACCGAACAGCCUGGCCCUUUUUCGUCCCUUUAAUAGAGUAGUGCUUCAAUUGAGACCACUAAGUAGGACUCAGAAGUGUCGUGCCAGUACUUGUUUAUGCAACAACCAGGUGGCGGAGGGCAAGGCGCCCCGCCCGCAGCUCCGGUGGAACAAUUAACGAAAAAUGGAAAAUUCAAUCCGAGUUUUGAAGCAAGUGAGGAAUUGCGACCUCGUGCAGAGGAAAAGAGUGCUUCGUCGUCAUCGAGGCCAGCGCCAAAACCGAAAAUAGCAUUAUGAUUAGCGCUUAUUCAUCUUCUCUCUCAGUGCCUCUUUAGUAUCCCUCUGCCCGUUGCGUAGAAAAGUACAAAUAUGUAUUUUAUGGGCACCAAGAUGGGGGGGCUGAGAUGACAAUGGUCUAGCGCGGUCUCUCUAAUAGCAGCGGCAGUAGUGUCGAACGCACGAGCAAACGGAAAGUCACCUCGCAAGAUCAUCGACUGGAUCAAAUCCUUGCCGGAUGCCUUCGUCCCGGAAAGAGUGAAGGAUCAAAUGGUACCCCGUUCGAUAUUGACUGUUCAUGAUUAUCAAACAACUGUUUGUUCGUGUACUUAUGAUGCAGGAAAAAGAAAGCCGAAAAAAUGAUAGUAAGUGCCGAGGCCUUUGUUUCUAUUAUGAGGAAGAACUCGCCCUCCAACUCGUAUCUAUUCUUACAAUAAUUUCAGUGCGGACACGUCGACGGCCGUGGCAUCGAUGGGUCGCAAUUUACUCAGCUUGUAAUGACAAAUCAACUAAGUGCGAUCGGUGUUGUUUCGCCGUUGCAGGUAUCAAAAUUAAGGGUUUCCGCAUUACAUCCCGCACGCCCGUCCCUGGCUUUUUUUCUAGUAGAAAAGAAGCCAGGAUUGAAGUAUGUGCUGAAGAGGGUAAAAAUUCCGUAACCUCUAACAAAGAUAGUUAAGGCAUGGAAAAACGUGUUGGCAGAAGACCAGAUGGCCAAUGCAGCAAUGGAGACGGCAAACGCGAAUAAUCUGGUGGACAAAAAAGCUGUCAAGCUAAUUUGUUGAGACGUAGAACAAGAUCACACGAAGGUAGGUUGUAGAUUCAGUUGCAUGAUGCUUUUUAUCUUCCUGGUGCGUGGAGAGCAAUCUUGCCUAUAUCUGCACUAGCAUUAUUAUGCCAAUCUUCAGUGUAGAAGAAUCUGGUGUGACAGUGAUGUCAACUUCACAGAGAUUGAUUGGAUGCUUUCACCCGUCGUGAUGUAGACAGUUGGAUUGCCUCUUCCGCUUGGCCGUCCGGACAAGGGCCAUUUGCUUAAAAAGAGCAUCAGGAGUCAGGUGAAGAACAGAAGACAAUGUCUGUGCGAUGAUUUUUAAGUGCGAAUGCUAUGUAUUUCCUCCGACAGAUACUACUUACUCUUAAUAACAAGCCCACUGUUUAAGAGGUCUAACUGAAUGUAGACACGUGACGUAAAUGGUCCUCUUUGGGUUACAAAACUUUUCCCUCUCCGACUGGUUCUUCAGUGACUCUAUGAUGGGCUUUCGCACCUUCAUCGCAAGACCACGCUUCAUGUGCAAAAUCUUGAGUUAAUUGGUCUGACCUUGUAAUAACCACAUUGUUUGAUUAUAUAAUCUUUUUAGGUUGGAAAACAAACACACUUCAAGAAUACAUAGAUAAUCCUAUGCCAUGGAGUCAACUCAGUAUUGGAUGUCGAUUCGAAUUGGACAAGUUCAGUAAGUAUACUACGAUCGUCAAAUCCUUUCAUAUUCUAGUUUUUUUCGUUCUUGCGGAUCCAUAUUGACUGUUUUUGUUGUGCCGUCCAACAUCAAGAUGAAGUAUUUUUCAGUUAUCCAGUUCUUUUUGUGGUCAAUAUCAAGGUAGCAAGCAUCCUCCUCUCUUUCAACGAACGUCAAUGUUUAUUUAAUAUAUCGGUCCGUUAUUUGGUCACAGAUCUGUUUCGGUUUCAUAGAAAUUUGGGUUCCCUAUGAGUGUUAGUAUCAUGUUAUCGUGCAAACGUGUCGACAAUAAGACAGGUAGUAUCUACUUCUAUCAUCUAUAGAACUAGUUUGAUUUUUUCUGAGCAAGGAGGGCACAGGGUGCUCUAGCACGGCAGCGCACCGACACUCGCUCUUCAGGGCUGCGCAGUUCGUUAGAGGCAAAUAUUUUGGUAGCCGUCUGGCGGAGGUUGUGUUGGCUCAGUCCAAAACGACGACCAGAAAACGAGAACUUACCUCUUGACAAGAAUGCCGGCACUAGAGGAGCGGUCUGUGAGUGUCAGGAAGAUAGAACAAAGUUUCUUCUCCUGAUUACAUCCGGAUUACAUUUUGAGUCCUGCUCUUGUGCUUGAAAUUUAUUUUCUGCGAUAGGUUGCUACACCAUCUACGAUCCAUCUACGAUAAAUAUCAGAGCUGUUCUCCGACAAAAACCAGUGACAAGAAGAAGAAGGAUAGACACUGACUGUUCUAGCUUCUAGAGGAACGAGCGAGUGCAAUGUAAUUGCCUUCUUCUCUGUUUUUGCGGAAUGAAUAGAUACGAGGUUCUGUGAACCCGCGCUAGUUUUUCUACAAGGCAGGCCACGCCCCUGUCUUCUCUUUGAAUUCGUAAGUCCGGGCCACGACCCCGAAGCAAGCCACGCGAGUAAAUGUUUGGCGGACUUGUAGACAAGUAGGCAACAAAAAAA